GGAAUUUGAAUGGGUGGUUUCAGACAGUUAUUACUUAAAGAGUUCGGAAUCACAAAGUUUCUACUUCCUACCGGUAAAACCUUGUAAUUACGCCUGUUAUCCGAUCGAAAUGCCGUCAUCGCUUCCAUCAUUGCCGGUUGAACUCAAAAUUGAAAUCCUCACAAGAUUACCGCUAAAAUACCUGAUUCGUUUCACUGCAGUGAGUAAGUCAUGGCUCUCUUUCCUCUCGAGUUCCGAUUUCGUUUCAGCACACAUGUCUAAAGGAGUUACCGAACGAUUCUUCUGUGUUACUAAGAGCGACCCGAAUAUUCGUCGUUUUGCUCUUAUCGAUGGAGAUAAUCUCGACGGCAAUCCCACGCUAGGACCAAUCGUCAGACCUGAUAGAGAAUUCCCAUUUAGGUUUUCUUGUUUUUUCAAUCCAAAGAAUUUGGCAGAGAUUGAAUUAGUGGGCAGCUUCGACGGAUUGCUUUGCUUAUGCUUUCUCCGUCCGGAUUCUCACCCGUUAAUUAUGUUAUGGAACCCUUCGAUUCGAAGACACUUGGUGUUACCACCUCCCUCCAUUCUUCCUCCUCCAAGGAAAGGUAGUCAUGCAAUCGGUUUUUGUGUCGCCAGCUACGGCGAUUAUAGGGUUGUGUGGGUCCAUGACAAGAUUAUGGAUAAUCCUAUGUCUGUUGAAAUCUAUUCUCUCAAUUCAGGGAAAUGGCGGAUUCGACGAUUCGAUCAUGAUUUGUUUCCUCUAAGAUGGUUGUAUAGUGGUCAGGUUAUCCUACACGGUAGGGUUCAUUGGGUUGGAUUUGAUGAGGAUGUUGGGGAUGACUACUUGUACUUUAAUCAUGCAAUCACUUCAUUUGACAUAGAUGAAGAGAUAUUUAGAGACAUACCAGUCCCGGGAAAUUUAACAUAUUCUCUAUGGGAUCAAGAAAUAAGUAUUGCUCUAGUUAGGGAGUCACUGGGUUUGAUGGUUUCGUGUGAUCAUUUUGAUUGUGACAUUUGGGUGAUGCAAGAUUAUGGAAUUGUUGACUCCUGGACUUGGCUAUAUAAAAUUGAUUUCACACCAACACAUGAAUAUUGGCCGCCUCCUAUAAUAUGCGCAGUAAACACUUGGGAGACAGAAGGGGGGUUUUCCGGCUCACGCCAACUCAUAUAUUAUGCGGAUGAUCAGCCGUACAUUGUGCCAGAUGCGGAAUAUGGUGACCAUCAUCUUGACUAUGUAACUAAGUAUUUGGAGAGCCUUGUUUUGCUUGGAAACAAAGAUGCAGUUGCAGAUGUGCAUUUGCUUCAAGAUGUGCAGAUUCAGGGAGCAUGGUAGAGGAGAAUGCAGGUGGUGGACAAGCAUUAUAGCCAAGGUUUUACAAACCAUUGGCUUGUUUCUUUCUUGGGGAAAAGGUUAAUCAUUUUAUAUGCAGAAUGGAAUUUUGAAAUAUGUAGUCCCUUCUUACCAAAAUGAUACUCCCUUGGUUCCAAUCUAUAUGUCAUUUUGAAAAGCGCACACCUUGAUUUGUAUUAUGACAUGAAAUUUCUAUCGCUAUGAAAGUUUAACGUUAAAUGCUUAUAUAUCCCUUUCCAG